GCAGGCUUCUUGCUCCAAAACGAGUAGGCGAGUCUUCGAUGUGCAACCGUGUUGUGCGUGAAGCAGUAGAGCCAACGCUUUCUUCUUUGCUUUCUCAGUUUAUUCCAGCUGUUUAUUUACGCUUUUCUUGUUGUACGGGCUUUGUUUUUGUGGCGAGAAGGAUUUAAUUCACCCAGGAACUCGCGGUUAUAUCGCCGACGGUCAUUCUCUUUCUCUCUCCCCUUCCUCCUCCCUUUCUUCUCACUUGCAUGCUGUAGAAUCUUUUUUAUUUCACCUCCCUUCCUCCUCUCUCCACCCGCUCUAUACUUUUAUUCUCUCCUGUAACCUAUGGCCAGCGUCUCGGCAUCGUCGUCCACCAUCAUGGGAGCACCCACGAUGAUACGGUGUCGGCAAUGGCUCACGGCUGGGCGUGGGCAGCUCCCCGAGGAGAGCGGCUCGGAGCCCGAGGUAGUGCAGAGCCCCGUGGCCCUCGCAGACCUUGACGCACCAGCAUUACCAAUAUCGCCCGUGUCGAUGCCCGAAUCCAUAGAGACCAUCUCUGGCGACGUGCAGGAAGAUGCGUCGUACUACCAGGAAUGGCCGCAAGAGGAGGGCCUGGAGCGCAGCGAUGACACUCCGUACUACCAAGAAGAGUACGUAGACCAGACAACGCCAAUGCCUGUGGUGCCGAGUGCAGCGGCCAUUGCACGGAUCUUCUCCAUUGGCCAGGUGCAGGCGGGUGGCCAGGUUCUGCAGCGUGCGUGGAGGAUGGUUCGGACAAUCCCGCGGGCUCUCUUUACCCAGGGCGUCGAUCGGAUAUGCCAGACGGCCCUGCGCGAGACCCUUGCGGCCGAGUCCUCAUUGGACUCUGCGAUCCGGCAGCUGGAGAAGACGAAAAGCACGCGUUCGUCGUCAUUCCGGGCACGCGCUGACCGCGUCCACAUGUGGCAGGGCAAGCUGCUGUGCAGUAUCCAUAUCCUGUUUACGCAGGUCGCUGGCCAGGGACGGUCGCGACACUACCGGUAUUAUCUGCCCGAGGACGAUCAGAUUGAGCUGGACCGCGGGUUCAGCGAGUCGGUGCUGUUUGCGGCUCAGGCGCUGGCACGCGGGUUCCAGAUCCGCGGGACCGAGCCAUACACAGUGCAGCUGCGCGAGCCCGCAUGGCUGCUGUGCUCGGCGUGGGCCGCUCUGCGGUUUGUUCUAUAUGCGCGGUCCAGCGCGCUUAUGCGCACAUGGCGAGGCGAGAGCGUCGAGGCAUUGCGUACGGUACUGGUGGACUUUGACGAGGCGUGGGUGCGGUUCGAGCGCGACCUGUGCUUUGCAUACUUUGGGCUGGAUGACGGGCAGGCGGCAGCGCAGGAGGAGGAAUUCGCACUACUGGUGGUGCUUCUGAGCGAGACCAUGCAGGGCUCGGUGCGGCUGGGGUUGUUUUCCGAAGACGAUGUCGAGUCAAUGGACCCGCAGCUGAUUCUAGCGUUGCCCAGGCUGGCGAUUCUGCAUGCGAUUGUGAAGGGCGCCGACGGGCUGCAGUUCACUGAGGAGCCGGCGUUUUGGUGGUUCCGCGAGUUCGUCGCUGUGAGCCGGCGGAUCGCCAGCAUGGCCUCUGGCUGGUCCGACGAGCAGUACCGGGUACUGCAGAGCAUGCUGGCGGCGGACGAGGCCGAUGAGGCGUGGGAUAAGUUUGCGGCAGCCGAGGAGCUGGCCAUGUCGCGCGAGCUGGACUCUGUUUCGCUGGUGUGCGAGCAGCCGCCGGCGAGCUGCAGCAGCAACAUGCCGAGACGAAGCAGGUCUUUGUCGACGUAUGCACAAUAGCCGACUCGCUGCACAGCGGGCAGUUUGCGCGGCCGUUCCGGAUGGCCCUGGAGAU